GGCUGCGUAGCGGGCUGUUAGAUCUCGGACGCGUCAGAGCACGGGGUGAGAGCGAUCCGUCCGCGAAGGUUGUGCCCGUGACCGCGCCCGCCGGCCGCCGCGCCCGCAGUACCGUGCCGCGCUCGCUCCUCCUCGCACCUCCCAGCCCGAGGACCGCCAGACCAGUGUAGUGAUGUGCCCUUGCUGAUGAUGUGUGGCUGCCAGUGUGUGAUAGUGCGCGCGAACCGCGCGAGGCCCCGGCCCAGGAGACCGUAGCCCGACAUGUGGACCUUGCUAGUGCCGCUGCUGGCCCUGGUCGCUUCCGGCGGUGGGGCCACCUUCGGAGCCAACAAAGCCCUGCUCGACUGUGCAAGCCAGAUCCUGUACCUGGAGCAGCAAACGUACGACAUACCUUCAGACUAUAACAGAAACAUUCCACCUGGAAAGAACACAACCGUGUUCAUAGGGCUCAAUGUCAACCGUGUUUCGGGAGUGGAUGAGAAUAAGGAGUUUCUAUUUCCCAAGGAGAUAACAUUGGACGUGUUCCUACAAGUGUCCUGGAAGGAUCCCCGGCUAAAGGUGGGCCUGGAGUCCAUCGACCUGCCCUGGGAGUUCCGCCAGCUGAUCUGGACGCCAGACCUGUACAUCUGGCAGCUGCAGACCAUGAGGAUCCUGUCCGUGCUGCAGGAGAUGGCAUCGCUCAGGCUUUAUAAGAAUAGCACCGUCUCAGUCAGUAUUGGCGCGACGAUAACAAUAAAAUGCGAGAUGGACUUCGUGUUAUACCCUCUAGACGUGCAAACCUGCAACAUUGAUUUUAGUAGCUACAAAUACACAUCGGAGUACGUCAGAUUUGAAUGGCGGGAAGUGCCUCCGUGGCUGGGCUGGCGGCUGGCCGGCGGGCAGCGCAACCAGUUCCGCCUGCCCAAAUACGUAGUCAGCUUCACUACGGACAAAAGUAAACGUAUUGCCCAAUAUGGUGAAGGCGAGCAUUCGGCAGCGCGGCUUCAGAUGACGCUGUCUCGCGAGCUGCGGGGGUAUCUCCUGGAGAGCUAUCUGCCCUCGUCGCUGUUCGUCAUCAUCUCGUGGGGCAGCUUCUGUGUCAUCCCCGAGAUCGUGCCCGGCCGCAUGGUGCUGCUUGUGACCACCCUGUUGUCGCUCGUCACCAUGUUCGACACAGUCAGUACAAACUCUCCCGACGCGCUCGAGCUCAAGUGUAUAGAGGUGUGGCUGAUCUCGUGCACGAUAUUCGUGUUCCUGGCGUUGCUCGAGUACUUCGUGGUGCUCUUCGGCAUCCGCUACGACAAGAGCUGGUGCCGCCGCCGAGCGGACAUGCGCCGCGCCGCCUCCGCCGCGCAACUAGCUCCACCCCCUUUACACGUCAACCAUUCUCAGAGGUUGAGUUGCACUCCCGUGACAGGCACCCCACAGGGCGGAGUGUUCUCGCCGACCCUCAGUGUGGAGGACGAAGGCCUCAAGCAGCAGCUCGACCAUCAGACCAUUUCGAGGGACUCCCCGCCGAUGAUGGAGACGCUCGGCGGGCGCGCCGCGCAGGGUGCGCUGGCGCGCGUGGGCGCGUGCAUCGACAAGGGCAUCAUGUUCUGCGGCGCGCAGCACGGCACGCUCGACCGCUUCGCGCUCAUCCUCUUCCCCUGCUGCUUCGCGCUCUUCAAUAUCAUAUACUGGACCACGUACCUAAGUGAAGUGCACCGGUACCCGGCGAAGUGAAAGUGUCAAACGAUUUACGGUCACAUUGAAUGUGAAAAGUGCCUGUGCGAGACGUUGUGUGUUAAUUUGUAAAUAUUGUUAGACAAAUGCUAGUCGAUUAUACAACGUUAGUAACUAACUGUUAUACUACUUACGAUCUACGUAAGUUAGGUUAAUUUUUACAACGAAAUUAAAAAUAAUUAGAAUAUCUUCAAGUGUUCCGUAAUAGUAUAAAAUACUUAGGUUAAUUUGAUAUAAUUAUAUCUCGCUAUUUCUUAUGUACUUAAAUACCUAUGCUUGACGACGCUGUAGGACAAUAUUUAAAUGUAUAUGAUUACGAUACGAUAUAAAGAACAAAAAUGACUCCUACAUUUAUAAAUGUACAUAUCCUAUCGGCACGGAUUUUGAGUGAUGCUGAGCUUGACAAUAUACAAAUCGAAGUUUAAUUGUAACGACUAUUUGUUAGGAUCACGGUCGCUUUUUAAAGUGCCAAGAGACACCCAACAAGAUUGUCUACUAAAGUAGAUAUCAAGGUUAUGUAUUAUCAAAGCGUUAGAGCGCGUGUUCAGAUACUUCAGAUAUUGUGAAGACCUUUUUGCGGCUCCGAUAUAUCUGAAGGCAACUGUACAUGCCAAUUGCAACAAUUAUUACAACCGUCCAGAACCAAGUCUUGUGCCUUUGUAACAAAUAUAUCUAUACACAUACCUACAAACCCAUAUCAAUCGAUAUAUCUCUAAAAUCUUUAAAAUCGUGCGCCCUAAAGUCGGCUUUUAAUCCAGUUAGGAAAGGUUUUAGUAGGUACCUAUUAUGUCACUAGAGCGUAAAACGUAUCAUAUCAUAUAGGUAUAUAGUUAUAACGCGAAGGUUACAAUCAUAUUGAUAUAAAGUACCUAUGGAACAGCUUGUACCCACGUCAAUUUGGCUUUUAUAAAUACAGUUAAUAACAUUCACUUGUAGCUUAUAUUCACAAACGUUUUAUAUAAAAAUACCUCUCUUCUCUACUCGUAUUACUCAAUAAUUAUGUUUAUGAAAAUGAAGUAUCAAUCUCUGAUGUAAAAACACUUGCUGCAGACUUUUCUUGGUCUAAAAUACUGUAAGGGACCAUUAAACUUGCUCGUAUAUAUAUUUACAUAUACUUAUAUACCCGUAAAUUUGCUCAGAUGCUUUGCGCAAUGCUGAAAUUAUUGUAAUAAUAAAAUUACCUAAUUUAAUGGCGCUCUAACUUUUCCGAUGUAUGCAUUAUAUUAUUGACAUCUAAAGUCUUUGCCCUAAUUUUCUUUGUCAUCAUACUGUACUUUUGACUACUACGUAAGUAUUGCCGGUUGCAGGCUGAGCGAAAUAUCUUUACGAACUUCUUGUACCACAUACACACUGCUAUCCCUGGCCUUAUCAAUACUAGGCCAAGAGCACAAAAUACCGACGGGUUGAUCUGUGGCCAAGAGACAUCCUAAUAACUAAGCCUUCAUUAAUUCAACAUUAUUGCCUAAAACAACGCUGAUUACUCUAAUUAGUUAUAAAUUUAUAAUUCAGUCCCCUUUCAGUCUUUUUAUAAGGUCCGGCGGUAGUGUCAGGGCAGAUAAUAGCCAAACUAUAAUGAGAUAGGUAAUAGCCAAAGUUAUCACUGAAGCAGUACCAGUCCAUUAAAAUUUAAAUAUUUUUUAUCAAGCAGGGACGCCUGCGAGCAAUACAUAUUUUUAAGGCUCCCCUUCACGUUGGGCCAACACCAACGCCAACGAGGGACGCAUUUAUGCGUUAGAGGGAGCAAGUGAUAUUGCUAUCUCAUCCUACCGGUUUACUAACGAAUGGGCCAAAAUCGUUUCCCAAAGUAUCACAUCCCAAACUAUGUUUCCCAAAUUAUCAUUUCCCAAAAAAAUGUUUGGCAAAACAACUUAUCGCAAAUUUUCAGUUAGCAAUAGUCUUUUUUGGCAAGUUAUUGUUUAGCAAAUAAUUACUUGGACAAGUUUCAUUUUACCAAAUAUUAUUUAGUCAAAUGUAUCAUUAAGCAUAACUUACAUGUCCCAAAAUAUUGCAUGGCAUACAAUUUACAUACCAAUAAAGUGGAGGCUGCAGAAUUUUAUUUGUCUAGUAUUUAACUGAUCAUUACAUAUACAUAGUAAAAUGUAACGUCAAAAAAAAACAUUCUUACUGCCAAAAAUAUGUAGUAAAUGAUCACUAAAAUUAAAACUCCAUUUUAAUGUAAAAUGACAACCAAAUUUGUUACAUCUUGCUAUUCUAUUAAAGCAAAUAACACCAAAGUAAUCAUUGUAACCCAAAAAUAGUAAAUAACCACCAAUAUUCAAACCACAUUUUAGUUUAAAAUGUCAUGCAAUUUUUUUACAUCUCGUUAUUCUAUUAAAUUAAUUAAUCCACUUCGAUGACCUUUUUUUAGUACAUAGAAUUUCGUUUCUGUGAGGACCGCAGUUCUAACCUAACCUAACCCACUUUUCUAAUAGCGGUUCCGUUUUGUGAGGAUCGCAGUUCAAACCUAACCCAACCCACCCAAAUUACGUAGAAUUUAACGUACCUAUUAUAACAUAACAAAAAGUACUUUAAAUAGAGAUGCCUAUUUGUCAAAUUUGCGAAGUGACAAUUUUGACCAAACAUCUUUUUGGAAUAUAAUAUUAGACAAUAAAAAACGUUUGCUAAAUAAGUUUUUGUCCUAAUAACAUUUGACAAAGUAAAAUCAUGCCAAAUGAUAAUUUGACCAAAUAAAUUAUAUGCGAAGUGUAACUUUGCUAAAGGUUCCUUUGGGAAAUGAAACUAUUGCGAUAAGUUUGUUGGGAAGUGAAAUUUGGCGAAAUGUAUUUGGCCGAAACGAAAGUACACCCAUCCUACCGCAUGGCUGCGUCCCUCGUUGGCGUUGGCGUUGGCCCAACGUGAAGAGGAGCCUUUACAUGAAAGGAAAAAUGGAAAGAUCCACCGCUUGCGACUUUUCGAACCACCAUCAAGAGCUACCGAAUCCUGUCAGAAGAGAAAAUCUUUCCAUUCCUUCCUAUGUUUCAUUUAAUAUAAAAAUUUAAAUACUUGGUUAUCACACUGAUACGAUUUCUGGAGUUAGCGUUUAGCAGAAAUUCAUCCGUUUCCUAUGUUGACCGUCAAAAAACUCAAUAUCAAUAGGUAUUCAGGCCUGAAUACCAUUAGGUAUUCAGGCUCUAUUCAGAACGGGAAUCAGUCAAAACGGGAUCAAACUCCGAUUCUAUAAAUAUCAAUUGUAAUCAUCAAAAAUAAUAACGUGGCAGGAGAUAUUUAUAUUAGAAUAUCGCUGAAUUCAGUGAAUUUGUAAAUAACUUUUAUAAUAUUAUAAUAAUGUAGUAAGACUGCUCAGUAAGAAUUUAUACUGUGUAGAUUAUGUAAAUAAGUUUGUUUUAUCUUAUCGCUUAGAUUUAAGUAACAUUUAAGUAAAAUUAAGUUCUCCAAUCUAGUCAAACAUUCAGUACUUAAUUUUGUAGUAAGCACCUAAUAUUAUUUUACAAAGUGUUUCAACACGUGACCAAACCUGUGGGUUUAGCUAGAAAGUGAGUACUUAUGCUAAAAGCUCUUUAUAUUAAUUAGGGCUAUAAUGAGAAUACGUGCUGCAUAACAGCCGAUUUACAUUUAAUUGGGUGUCCAAAACGAUAUCGGUAUAUCCAACAAACAUUAUUGUAAGCGGCUGGUCUCUGGUAAACUAGUGUGGGUUCAAAUAUCCAUAAUAAUAUUGGAUCGUGCUAUAAAACAGAAAUAUAAGGAGCCCUAUUUGAAUUUAAUGCGGCCGAGAUACACUGCGAAUCGUUUCAUGUUCGCAUUACGUAUGUCAAUAAAGAUAACAACAAAUCAAGUUGAGGUUUUUAAACUUCUAAUAGGACUGAACCACCGACACCAAUACCGGGCGCCAGAAUAGGGUAAGGAUCCGUGAAUUGACUCAAACCUGCAGACAUGUGUAUUAUUAUUAUACAAAGUCUCAUCAUGUUAACUUAACAUUUUGUCGCACGUUGGAUAUGCUUACUUAUUUUCCUAGAUUAUGUCCAGUGACGGCAUGUGUUUGUACAUAUUAACUCACAUUUAGGGUAUAUCGUUUCGACACAGGUUUCACUGGUCCUGAAAUCACGACUACCAUACACACGACCAGUGAAACCUGUGUCGAAACGUCGGUAAAUAAAGGUACUUAAUAAAAUAAAUUCGCGAUAUACCUGUCUAUAAAUGUGAGUUAAUAUGUGUUCAAAACGUGAAAGUUUUAAAUAUUAAUAUGUGUUUGUACAGUCAGCAACAACUAUAUACCUACGCGAGCGAAGAGUUUUAAUAUUUCUGAAUUCUGUAUACUUACCUAUACCUACCUAAUUUUACCUAUUGCUGUGAUUGCAAGAGGCUGGAGCUUAGAUUUGUAGUUAGAUACAUUUUUACACAUCUCAUGCUGACUUUUCUAUGCUCUAGCAAGUAUCAAGACCGUCUGCUUGCUAGCACCAACGCGCGUUGUAAAACUUAGCACAAAUUAAUGUAGGUGUAAUAUAAACUACAAAUACCCUAGGCACCUAUCUAUCAGAAGAAUAUAGACCCUAAAGAAAAGUUUCUUUUUACCUACCUAAUCGAUAAAUUGCUAACAGCACUCGUCGCACGCAGAAAAAGUUAUUUUGUUCACGCGACUAGUUUAAGAUUAAUGGCUAAGAUUUUUUUACAUUAUUUCCCCAUUUUUGAAUAGGAUGUGUUUUAUUUAAAUUCUAUUAUGUUCUCACAACUGAGGUGGAAAUUUGUGUGUGCCACACGAGACCAAAGUUAUUUUGCACCUCGUACUUACACUUUCGCUACAUAUACUAAAGAUUCUAGUUAGAAAAACUGGCAGCAAAGUGCAACCUUGCUCUCUUGUUACGCACACAUAUGUAUUUUCUACUCUUGACACACACACGUGUAGGUUGGUAGUAUAAGUUUUUAAGUGAGAUAAUAUCAAACAAAGCCAGGACUGCUGCGAUAAAAUACUUAUAAUAUAUCGAGUCUUGAUAAAAUAAAUAUGUGACAUUUGCCAAUAAGGAUUAUUAUUGCAUCUACAUGCCUUAAAUUAAAUGAAGGAACAAUUGAUAAUGAUAAUUCUAUAAACCUAGGUAUAAAAAAAAGCUUAUGUAAGCCAAACUAUUACAAUAUUUUAAGGUAUUUUACACACAGCUCCGAAAUUACAAUUAUAUAGCUCAUAAAUUUGUGCCUUUUCUAUAACACUAUGCUUGUUACUCGAGAAUGUAAAAUGAAAUGGGAACGGGCUGUAUAAAAUAGUACUUUGAAUUUUUAAGCAAUAAUAAUGUAAAAGUUAAUUAAUAAUGUUGAUUCUGUAAAUAAUGAAAUAAAAGACAUUAUUUUAAAUUCAA